ACCCUUAUAUGUAGUCGACUAUGUAGGAUUUACGGAAGAAGAGUCCCAGGCGUGGCUGUGGAACUUCCGUCUUUACGGCUCGAAAAUGACAGCAACUCUGCGCCCCUACUUAAAUGCCGUGAAGGCCACCCUGCAGGCGGCCCUCUGCCUAGAGAACUUCUCAUCUCAGGUGGUGGAGCGUCACAACAAGCCAGAGGUGGAGGUCAGGAGCAGUAAGGAGCUGCUGCUUCAGCCUGUGGUGAUCAGCCGCAAUGACAAAGAGAAGGUCCUUAUUGAGGGAUCCAUCAACUCUGUCAGAGUCAGCAUUGGUGUCAAACAGGCUGAUGAGAUUGAGAAGAUUCUUUGUCACAAGUUCAUGCGCUUCAUGAUGAUGAGGGCUGAGAACUUCUUCAUUCUGAGGAGGAAACCAGUAGAGGGAUAUGAUAUUAGCUUUUUGAUUACCAACUUCCACACGGAGCAGAUGUACAAACACAAACUGGUGGACUUUGUCAUCCACUUCAUGGAGGAGAUCGACAAGGAGAUCAGUGAGAUGAAACUGUCUGUUAACGCCCGAGCUCGAAUCGUCGCCGAGGAAUUCCUAAAGAAUUUCUGAUGACAGCGUUGUCCCUAGUCCCACACAAGCUGGAUAACACUCCAAGGGCCAGUCAGCACAGGAGUGGAGACUAAAGGAGUGAACAGCCAAUCAGUGAGGAGAUAAGGAAAAGGACCAGCCUGGCAGUAACACCAGUCGCACCCGUCUUGAGUGUUUCCCUGUACACGUGAAUAUCAGCGACUGUAUAUAUAAGAUAUUUACCAGUUUCAUUUUCAGCCACUUAGAACAAAUCCCCAGACAAAGGCGGGUCCUUAAGUAUUAAUGAAGCUGAUAGUCACAAAUACAGGGGCACCGAGGAGAUGUCGUUGCAAAUAAAAGGGUCAGGUUUUUGUAUUUUGUCUAUGCGAGUCUGUCUGUUCUGUGUCUUUUGUUGCAAAUUUGUGUCCAAAUUUCUCCAUUCAAGAAACCUAUGUUUGACAAAAGUAGUGUGUCUGGUGUGAAACCAUAGGGAGCAAGAGCUAUCUGUAAAGAAACCGCCAAAACCCCACAUAUGAAAAUAAUGAAAGAUAAUAAAACCCUGUUGUUUA